AUCCAGAUAUUUAGCAAUGUUGAUCAGGGUUAUUGAAUUACUAAGCCCCUACUUCCACAGCCGUCGUCCGUUGGCUUUGUAUGUUUUCGUCCUUCAAAGCUCCGAAAAGCUGGGCCAGAUAUGCUGUCUAUGCAGACCGUAGUAUCAUAGUUCUCAACAAACCGCCUGGCUUGAUUUGCCAGGGAAGCUUGACGAAUGGCCAGAAACCGAGGGACUCCGACAAAUUCAACGAUCUUCUGCACGACUUGAAGGACCACUUCAAGUUAGACAACUUGCCUUACACCGUGCAUAGGUUGGACAAGUCAACAACGGGCGCAUUGGUACUAGCCAAAAAUAUUGCUACAGCACGCCAGCUUGCACAGCAGUUCCAAAGUAGAACAGUUGGAAAGACAUAUCUGGCACUUGUGCGUGGGGGCGAGAAGUCGUUUCCCACCAAGCUCGGUGAAAUCAAAGAUGCUAUCGAGAUCAACGGCGAUGGCCGCGUUUCGAUUGGUGAGAGUUGUGACGCUGAGUUUGCGGUUACAGGUUGGGAGUUGGUGGCUUCCUCGCGAAAAGUGCCGUUAUCACUUCUCAGACUGACGCUUCACACGGGAUUAAAGCACCAACUGCGUGUUCAUCUGGUGCAGUCACUGCAUACUCCCAUUCUUGGCGACGCGUUAUACAGUCGCAAGUCUAUCUCCGAAAAGAUCACUCAAGUCAUCCGCGUUCCCGAACAUAGAGUUUUCUUGCAUGCGUCGCGACUAACACUUUCGCGAUUCAAGAAAGUCGGGUCCAAUAAACACGUUCGGCUCGGAAUUGCAGCUGCCUUGCCCGCAGAUUUUGUCGCGAUAUGCAAUGAUGCGGGCAUCCAGUUGGAUGCGACGGAUGUUUCUGGGGGUUUGUUUGUCGACGAUGAGCCUCUGGGUGGGUAUGAUAUCGAGGACCUCCAGGGGAAGUGGUUGCGGCCGCGACGCCCCGCAGCGUCUUGCAAAUGAGUGAACGUAGGU